AUGUCUGCGCACAAAAUUCCAAGCACUCAAAAAGCCGUCGUUUUCUACACAAACGGCGGAGAUCUGGAGUUCAAGGACAUCGAGGUGCCCAAACCAAAGCCUAACGAGUUGCUCAUCAACAUCAAGUACUCCGGUGUUUGCCACACGGACUUGCAUGCAUGGAAGGGCGAUUGGCCACUCCCAGUCAAGUUGCCACUGGUCGGAGGCCACGAAGGCGCCGGAAUAGUGGUUGCCAUGGGCGAAAACGUCAAGGGCUGGAAAACUGGCGACCUAGCAGGCGUCAAAUGGCUCAACGGCUCGUGCAUGAGUUGCGAGUCCUGCGAACUGGGAAACGAGUCCAACUGUCCAGAAGCUGACUUGUCUGGCUACACCCACGACGGCUCCUUCCAGCAAUACUGCACGGCUGACGCCGUGCAGGCUGCCAAAAUCCCAGCUGGCACAGACCUGGCAGAAGUGGCACCCAUUCUGUGUGCCGGUAUCACCGUGUACAAGGCCUUGAAGUCUGCCAACCUGAAGGCCGGCCAAUGGGUGGCUGUAUCGGGCGCUUGUGGUGGUCUAGGGUCUCUGGCUGUGCAAUUUGCUCGUGCCAUGGGCUACCGUGUGCUGGGAAUUGACGGUGGUGAAGAGAAAGAAGCGCUUUUCCAAAAGCUUGGCGGUGAAGUUUUUAUCGAUUUCCGCAAGUCCAAAGACACCGUCCAGGACAUUUUGACCGCCACAGACGGAGGAGCCCACGGUGUCAUCAACGUUUCCGUUUCGGAAGCUGCUAUCGAGGCGUCUACCAAGUACGUCAGGGCUAACGGAACCGUGGUGCUGGUAGGAUUGCCAGGAGGCGCCUACUGCAAGUCUGAGGUUUUCUCGCAGGUGGUCAGAUCCACCUCCAUCGUGGGCUCCUACGUGGGCAACCGUGCCGACACACGCGAAGCGUUGGACUUUUUCGCGCGUGGUUUGGUUAAAUCACCCAUCAAGAUCGCCGGGUUGUCCGAAUUGCCAGACAUUUUCGAGAAGAUGCAAAAGGGUGAAAUUGUCGGCAGAUACGUGGUCGACACUUCCAGAUAA